UGGGAAGACACAAAGGAAAGAGAGGAAGGACGAAAGAUUGGAAGAAAGAAAAUAGAGAAGCGAAAGAUAGGGACAGUAAUUUAACAUUAAAUAACUCGUCACCACAGAAUGGUAAUCAAACUCAGUAAAGGACUUUGGACGUGGCUUUCCUUUCCCAUUGUUGAUGUGGGAUCUUGGCCAUUGUGACCCAAAGAAAUGUUCAGGUCGUAAGCUCGAGAGGUUGGGUUUUGUAACAUCACUAAAACUCUCACAGAAAGCCCACGGUGUUGUACUUAGUCCUUUGGGUGAGAAAUGUUUGUCUGUUGAAGAUCAUGAUAUAGUAACACGGUCAGGUAUAGCUGUUAUUGAUUGUUCAUGGGCUAAACUUGAUGACACUCCAUUCAAAAGAAUGAAAGGCGGACAUGCAAGACUUCUGCCAUAUUUGGUUGCUGCUAAUCCUAUCAACUAUGGUCGACCAUGCAAACUUUCUUGUGUUGAAGCUUAUGCUGCAACCUUAUUUAUAACAGGAUUUGAAGAUUUGGGAUCAGAGUUAUUGAAAUGUUUUAAAUGGGGAAAAGCAUUUUAUGAACUGAAUAGAGAACUGCUAAGUCUUUACUCAUCUUGUAAGACAAGUUCUGAAGUCGUGUCAGCCCAGAAUGAAUGGUUGAAAAAUUUGGAAAAAGUACAUGAAAGAUGUGAUUUGAAUGACCUCACCAACAUCGAUGAUUCAAAAGAACAUUGGAAUCCCAAUAGGAAGGUUUUGGAUUAUGAAUCAAGUGAAGAUGCAAGUUCUGAUGAUGAAGAAUGUUCCAGAAAUGAAAUGGAAGAUUGUAAUAACCAGGAUUUGACCUCACAAUACAGUAAAAUGAAAGUUCCAAUGAUGAAUGUGACAAAGCCUAAACAGAACACAAUUGAAUGUUGCUACUUGUAAAUAAUUAAAAUGAUUAAACUUCAAAAUAAUAAUUUUGCAUAAGUUAUUA